AUGAAGAGCUUCAUGUCCAGCUGCGGGGCAUGGGAGGACUGGGAUCCGGCGGCCAACUGCCCGAUGGCUUUUCGAGGCGGGCUCAAGCGGGGCAGAGGUGCAGCUGCGCCGGGUGUCCAAAGGAUGGUCCGGCGCGACGUCUUCGCGCUGCUGCCGGUUUCGGCCACCGCCAUCGCGGUGGACAAGCAGCGGCCGCUGCCGCAGGCGGCGCGGGCGUCGCCCGCGCGCCGCGCGCUGCCGGCGAACUCCUCGGAGCUGUUGGAGGCAACGACCUCGCUGCGCUGCGCUUUUCGCUGGGCCGAGGUCCGGGAGGAGCAAAUGGAUCGGGCCAAGCGGCAGCUGCGGGACCGGCGCGUGGAAAAAGCGCUGCACCAGUCCUCCAGGCUGCAUGCAGAUGCCGUGCGCCAGGCGCUCAUGGAUUCCUUGAAGACUCGAACGUCGACUCGCGAGCCAGAGCGGCAGUUGGAGGACUCUCAAGAACUAGCUGUGGAUGACUCUGACGAGGACUUUGCCUUUCCGCCUUACCAGCCGUGGCAGCCGUGCAAGGGCAUGCAGCACUCGGCCACGGUGGCUGACUUCCAAAUCGCCCGGCGCCAAGCGCGGCGCGCGGCCCGGCGCGAAGGCCUCGCGCCCUCGCGCCCGCCCUCGCGGGCAUCGCGGCCGGCGUCGGCGCCGGGGCCGCGGAAGCUGCGGAGAAGCUCCUCGGAGGUUUCGCGGCCCAAGACGGGCUGCGCAGAGAGGGCGAAGCAGCCCGCUGUGGCCGAAGCCACGCCCGGCGCCGAUGCAGAAGGUGAACAUGGCCAAGUCUUCAAGCUGCGGGACUUUGCGUGCGUCCCCAGCAAGGGCCAUGCAAAGGGGGUGGACUAUGUGCAGAGCAUGGGACGCAUCACCCUGAGCUACGCCUUCCGAGACGAGUUGGCCGCUCUGACUGCCGCGGAUCUGGUGGUGGAGCUGUCCAGCUGGGAGCUCAAGGUCAAGGCCAACAAGCCCGACCUGGACGGUUCUUUGGCGCCCCUCAACGGCAGUCUGUACGGAGACGUCCGUCGUAGCUUAUCCUGGUGGACUCUCGAGGACCAGGCCGACGGCAGCAAGCUCUUUAGCAUAGAGCUGGCCAAGCGCGACCACAAGGCCUGGAACGCGGUCUGGAAGCCUGGCAUGAGCCACACCCGCAAGAGCCACUUCGGCUGGACGCCGCACGCCCGGGCACCCGUGAAGAAGGCCGAGGACAUCUUGGCCAAGGUGAAGCCUGGCCGCCGUGCACGGCAGGACGGCUUCGUCAUGCGACGGGAGGAUCUGUGUGCAGCCUUGGAAGACGGGCAAGAUGCAUCUACUGCCAUCUACCGCAUUCAUUUGGACAAGGCGGCCUUGGAGAAGGCGUGCGAAACGGUCAGCAUGUCGGACCUUUUCGGGGUGGAUGUGAUGGAGCAGUAUCUGAAGAUUUUCAUCAGGGGCGACGAGAAGUCUCCGAUUUUGAUGGGGCAGCUGUUCGACCAGAUCGUCCCUGACAAGACGCGCUGGGAGAUUGUCAAGGCUGCUGCUCUCCCAGAUGAAGAGUCAGCCAGGGUUGGAGUCUACAACACCUGCCUGCAGGUGACCUUGACCAAAGAGAAGCCCUCCAAGACGCACUGGCCUCGCUUGCUGGAAGAGCACGAGCAGGUGCUGGAGAGAGAGGCGGCACCUGCCAUUGAGGAGCUUUCUGCGAAGGCCCUCCGCGCUCCUUCCCCGGACCGCAGUGGCUGGUCCCCGCAGGAGCUGGCCAAAGAGUUUAAGGCGAAGGCCGACGGCUGCUUCAGGAACUCCGCAUGGAGGGACGCGGCCGUGUACUACGCGCGAGCCAUGGGCCACACACCGGAGGACGAGAAGCUCUACUCCAAUCGAUCCGCCUGCUACGUCAAGCUGAAGAAGUUCGACAAGGCCUUGGCGGACGCGAAGAAGUGCGCCACUUUGAAGCCGGAGUGGUCCAAGGUCUACUUCAGGCUGGGACAGGCACACCGCGGCCUGCGGCAGUGGGAGGACGCCAUCACCGCCUUCAAAGAGGGGCGCUUCCGGGAGCCUGCCAACAAGGAGUGGGAGAAAGAGAUCGAGAAGACGGAGGAGGAGCAAGAGAAGUGGGAUGCACAUGUGAGGGAGCAAAGAAAGCUGAAGCGAGAAGCUGACAUGGUCACAGAGCUGAAUGAGGCCACGGUGGUUGCGGAGCGGGAGGCCAUGGCGGCUGUGGCGGAGCAGGCCCUGAAAGCCGGGAAGAGCCGCAAGGAGGCCGGCGAGCUGGCCCUCAAGGGCGCAGAGCUGGCCAAGCAGCGGGUGCACGAGAUGGCGGCGCAGAAGAAGAAGUCGGCCAUGGUGGAAGAUGACCAGGAGCUCGACCAAGCAGCGCCCUACCGAAUCGUGGCUGAGGACGGCACGCUGCACAGCAAGUCCUUCGCCCACACGGACAAGGGCAUGUACUUCAUGGGAAUGACACUCAUGAACUUCAAGUCCGCACCGUCCAACCAACCCUGGGUCGAGCUCAGGCACCCCGGGAAGCUGCGCUGGUCCCAGGGCUGCGGCAUCCUGCGCCUGAAGGUGUUCUUGCCCAGCGUCCGCGGAGCCCAAGACCUGGAUGUCAAGGUGACCGCCAAUGACUUGUGGAUAGGCACUGUCGGGGACACCGACCCCAUCGUGCAGGGCUGCUUUGAGCGAAAGGUCGACCCCAACGGCGAAAAUUAUGCCUGGUUUUUAGUGCCGGACGAGGACCCUCCCAUACUGGAGCUGACCCUGGAUAAGGACUCGUCAGAGGUGUACCAAACCUUCAGUUAUGGCACCUUGCUGUGGCCGCGGCUUUUCAAUGACGACAUUCCGUUGGGCGAGGGUCUCUUUGAGGCUGACCUCACGGAUUUGCCGCCAGAGCUGCUGGAGAAGUUUCAGACUGCUCAGGCGCGCUCUGACGAGCAGUCACGCAAAGAGAGGCAGAAGCGGCAAAUGAUGACGGAGGAGGAAGUUGCUGAAGAAACUGCGAGGUUAUGGAAUGACGAGUUUGCAAGACAUGGGAUACCACACCGCGUCGAUUCUUUGGAGGAUAGACGCAUCGACAGCUACCAGCAGUGA